AUGACAGCCAAGGAGUUUGUCGAUAUUGCCAUUAAACAGAUCUUUCCGAAGAAAUGUUUCGAGAAGAUGAUCGUUGAAAUGGAUGUCCUUAAUCGUAAGGUUUAUUUUUGGCAAUUUAUCUUUAGGCGAGUGUGUGCCCGCCGUUCUGAGCAGAUGUCUUGGAUUUGCGUUGACCGCCGGAUCUUUGGGUAUUCUGGUUCCACAAAUCCUCAAGAUUAAGGCCAAUAAAUCUGGAGCGGGUAUUUCUCUAGCUGCCCAGAUCUUAGCUAUCGUGGCCGCAGGAUCGACCUCAGCAUACAGUUUUGAAAAAGGUUUUGCUUUUAGGUAAGGUUAUCUAUUUCUACAUUGUUUAUUUUAGCCAAUGGGGAGAUUCGCUAGCCAUCUUCGUACAAACGGCGAUUAUUGUUAUGCAGAUUCUUCAUUACAACGGCAACACUCCGGGUGCGUUUUCUUUCUUGGCGGUCACCUGGAUGCUGACUACAGCAGUAAUGUAUCAUUAUGUGCCAAUGUCUGCUCUGACAUUUCUUCAAUCUGCCACAAUUCCGAUAAUUACAGCCUCCAAAGUAAGUUUGUGUUGCUGUUUCUUCAUUUUCCUUUGUAGGGACUUCAAAUAUUAGCCAAUUACCGACAAGGAUCGACUGGUCAAUUAUCUCCCAUCUCCGUUACGAUGGCGUUUGGUGGGUGCGUGGCCCGAAUCUUUACGUCGAUACAAGAGACCGGAGAUAAUCUGGUUAUCCUUUCUUACGUCGUGGCUACGGUCCUCAAUUUCAUCUUGGUCGUACAGCUGGUUAUUUACUGGAAUGUGGAUGACAAGAAAAAGAAGAAAGAGUAACUAAACUAGCUAGUCAUUUUUCAGGCUUAUGUAUUUCAUUCCACUUUAAAUAAACUCUUUCAUGUUAGCGUUAAUGAUGUCUUGGGCAUGGUAUUCAAACCUUUGAUAUUGAUCUGUUUGGUAAUUGGGUUUACGAGGUAUUAUUUGCAGUCACAUUUCAUGGCUGCUGCUGUAGUUGCCAAGCCGAACAUAUUCCGAAGAGCGGGUAUAAAAAUAAAAGAAUAUGUGCAAAAUUUGGCUAAUGAUUACAAAACAGUGAUUGUGGAAACAGCACAAAACUCGGUAAAGCGACCAGUGAGGACAGGGAUGAUUGGAACGGGGUUGGUGUUUCUUGGUUAUGCGAACAGAACAAGACCAUUGGAUAGUGAAUUGGACUUGCGAUUGGUCGAAUUAAGACAACAAAUGGCCUUAUUACCCAUUUCAAUACACAGCUCUAACGCUGGUAAGUUUCAAGGCAGACGGUCAUUCAUUUUGCAGAUUCCGCUCUUCAUGAAUACACGGAUCUCCUAAACUCAGAACGUCUCGAUCUCUAUGAUUGCUGGUUCUUUUCUUUGCUCAUAAAACGCGAAUUCGACAGAAGAGUGAGUUGUUUAUAACAGAUUUAAACAAUCGUUUAGGUAUACAGUCCAGUAUCACAAGAUUCCAAUCUCAAACCCUGGUUUUGGGAACGAUUUGCUCAUAAUCUUGUGGACGUUGGAGCCUUUGGAAAGUUCUAUAAAUUGGAGAAGGCUUUCAUUGAUUAUGAUAUCAAACAAGAGGAGUUCCUUUGCAAAGAAACGUAA